AUGGAUGGGAGACACUCCAUCACAGUCACUACUCUCACCUCAGCUGGGAACAUUGGGGAGGAUGGAAUCCUGAGCUGCACUUUUGAACCUGACAUCAAACUUUCUGAUAUCGUGAUACAGUGGCUGAAGGAAGGUGUUAUGGGCUUGGUCCAUGAGUUCAAAGAAGGCAAAGAUGACCUGUCGGACCAGGAUGAAAUGUUCAGAGGUCGGACAGCAGUGUUUGCUGAUCAAGUAAUAGUUGGCAAUGCCUCUCUGAGGCUGAAAAAUAUGCAACUCACAGAUGCUGGCACCUAUAAAUGUUACAUCAUCACUUCUAAAGGCAAGGGGAAUGCUAACCUCGAGUAUAAAACUGGAGCCUUCAGCAUCCCAGAAGUGAAUGUGGACUGUAACGCCACCUCAGAGAGCUUACGAUGUGAGGCUCCCUGAUGGUUUCCCCAGCCAACAGUGGUCUGGGCAUCCCAAGUUGACCAGGGAGCCAACUACUCAGAAGUCUCCGACUCCAGCUUUGAGCUGAACUCUGAGAAUGUGACCAUGAAGGUUGUAUCUGUACUCUACAAUGUCACGAUCAACAACACAUACUCCUGUAUGAUUGAAAACAACAUUGCCAAAGCCACAGGGGAUAUCAAAGUGACAGACUCUGAGAUUAAAAGGCGAAGUCACCUCCAGCUGCUGAACUCAAAGGCUUCCCUGUGUGUCUCUUCUGUUGCCAUCAGCUGGGUACUCCUGCCUCUCUGCCCUUACCUGAUGCUAAAAUAAUGCACCUUGGCUACACAGAAACAUGCAGAGUCACUGGUACGAAAAGUGAGAUGAAUCACGAAUGGUGUGGGGGAGCCACUGUGUGUGUUUGUGUCCCUAACAGGAAUCAAGCAGCUCCCAGCACCAGCCUCAGAGAGAAACAUUUAAUAACGUCAGGGCAGUAGGCA